AUGGCGAAGAAAGGGAGUGAUAUUGUAUAUAGGGCUUAUCAAGAUGCCUUGAGACUAGGCCAGAAUAUCAAUCCCUUUCUUCUUGAGGUACUCCCUGACGUUGGGGCUAUUGAAAUAGAGCCUGGCGUCCUGGAGGACCGAUACUAUGGAGAUAUCAGAGGAACUGCCGGUGAUAACAAGAAGAACUUCAUUCGUACGGUGUUUCGAAAUAUCGCCACUUGGUAUCCAUUCGAUUGGAUCUGGGGACAAAGGAUAGAAGUUUACUGUGAAGUCGACCAGCCAAACAAAUCUAAAACGACUUGCAAAUCGCGGAUAUCCGGUAAACAAGGCUCUAUCGGUGCAUACGCGUUGAGCGAGGAUGGGAAAUACAAGAUCAUCCUGUCGUGGUAUGCGACAGCAGAGUGGUUCUCCAACAUCUUUGGAUACCCAGACCCAACAUCAGCUGAGAACGCAGGUGGGCAAGAAGACGAUUGGUCCGACUUGUACAGUGCCGACGGGUCAUCUGCGAACAAUGGCGGCGCCGACGAGGAGCCUGAUUACGAUGAUAUAUCAGAAGCUGAGGCUAUUGCUUUUGCCGCCGGCGAUUAUACCCCGAAUGGAUGGCUUCAAACAAGAAUCUCAGAAUUCUACCGCGAGGAGGUUCGUUCGUAUGAAUCAGCUGUCUUUGCAGUGUUAACAUGUACAGAUUCGAUUACGUACGGCUACGCAAGCUCCGACGGUAACGGCUACCGCGCUGAGUUGCACAACAUACUUACUGCAGCUGGUAACAAGGUCGACAUGAUCGGUUCUGUCCGGUCGGGAAGUAUGGAGGAUAACGAUAACGAAGGCCAUAGCGGCGACACUAGUUCUGAAAUCGCUAGUUUCAGGAACGCGUGCAGACAGAGGCCUAACGUGGUGCUCCUCCACGCAGGCACUAACGACAUGAACAAGCCUGAAGACCCCGAUAAUGCACCCGGGCGACUGGACAAUCUCGUUGGGACUCUAGUUGCAGCUCUGCCAGACGCGACUAUCGUCGUCGCCAGAAUCAUCCCAGCCGUCAGCAGUAGCACCUUUUCCAUAAUCCGAGUUUAUAACAACGCCAUCACGAGACUCAUGGCGAGACGUGCUCUUAGGGGCGAGAAAGUCAUGAUGGUUGGCAUGCCAUCUGGUGUGCAAACAAGGGACCUCAAGGACGGCUGGAUAAAAGAUCCCGUGAGUGGAGAGAGUCCUGAGCAGCCAUCGCGGGGUUAUUGCCCUCAUGAACCGACUUGGCUUCCACAAGGCGAAGUAGCAAGCGGUGGCGGCCUUGGGGUGAAUCUUUGGCUUCGCGCUGCUUGUUUCACCAACCAACCCGUCGACACUGCCGUUCACUUUGCCGACCUAAACGGAGACGGACGAGCCGACCUCCUAUGGGUUGAUGACAAAGGUGCCGUCACUGCAUACAUCAACUCUGGCAGCUCUGACACGGGCGCAAACGCCGCGAAGGUUGGAUGGCUGCCCCCAGGUGUCAUAGCCAAUGGUGUCGGUGCGAACCGCAGCAACGUGCACUUCGCUGAUCUCAACGGCGAUGGCCGGGUAGAGUACUUCUGGGUGCACGACGACGGCAGCGUCGGCUGCUGGCUAAACGCUGGCGGACCUGAUAAUGGACCUAAUGCCGGCAAGGUCAGCUGGAUUCCACAGGGCAAGAUCGCGUCAGGCAUCGGUAAAGAUGGUGACGGUGUGCGUUUUGCAGACUUGAACGACGACGACCGCGCAGGGUACUUAUACGUCAACACCGACGGGUCAGGAGAAGCAUAUCUCAACCUCGGACCACCAGAUCAAGGUCCAAACGCUGGUAAGGUGUCGUGGGCAUCUCAGGGGACCAUUGAAUCUGGCGUAGGGAUGGGAAGGGAGAACGUUGUCUUGGCCGAUGUCAACGGCGAUGAACGAGCUGACUAUGUAGUUAUCUCGCGGAAGGACGGUAGUGCUAAGCUUGGCCUGGUAUCCGCGUGGAACGAUUCCUUCGGGUACUGGGACUGGUGGCAUGGGGAUUCAGUUGGCGGAUCUCAAUGGCGAUGGCAGAGCUGA